AUGCUGGAUUUGGUAUUUGAAGAAUACAUUGACCUUGCUGCGGACGACGAAAUACAUGACAUGGCUAAAAUCACUCUCCUGCCCAUUGUAACUGUCCCAGAGGGUGGGCCAGGCUCAUCUUCCACUCAGGAGGAGGCUUCAUUGGAGACGGUGCGCACUGAAAACUGUGAAACCGCCCAAAGAGAGAGCUUGCCAGAUGAAACUUCUCCAGAUGACUCCUCUCCAGAUGUACCAUUGGUAGGCAUCGAGCCCUUUGAGCUGCCUUCGUGUUCAGACGACGAUGGGAACACCUUCAUUUUCCCCAAGCUUGGAGCUCUCCAUGAUACGAUCAUCUCUGGCAAACCUCUGACAUCUUCAUCAUUCCGAAAGAUUGUGGAGCUCCUCUUUCGUGCAAUGGUGAACAUAACAGUGUUCCCAUCUCAGCACUUUUACUCCAAGGUCACUCAGCUACUAACUGACAAGUACCCUCAGCUCCAAGAUGUUAUAGGAACUGGAUCAGACUCGUGGAGAGUAGCACUGCGGUACAAGUUCAAAAAUGAAAGACGUCGCCUUUCAGACGACGUCCGGGUUGCUGAAAACCGUGCAAAAUUUGGAUCAAAAAGACCAAAUGAUGGAGGUGCAGCCACACAGCUGAAGCGGCAAAAAAAGAUUAAGCUGAACAUCACUGCUUCGGCUUUGGCUGGAGAGGACGAAGCCAGCCUGAUCGCCCAUGAGGAAUGGCUUAUACGAGAAGGACGAAAGGCAGCUCCUGAUGAAAAAGGAAUCCAUGAAAGGAUGACUCUCACUGCGAGGAAGAGGCUCUCUGACAUGGCACAAAUGGGCAUUGAUGCUGUUAGGACAAGGUACCCAUACCUGAUGGACUCUCAGCGAUUCGCUAAAGAUUUCGAGAGGCUCACGAAGAUGAACCUGGCCGACAAAGUCGCAAAAGGGAUUGACAAGAUCGUUCUGUUGGCCACAAAGAAGGCGAUCGACUGCCAGGAGCAUGUCCUACUUACACUGCAAGCAGCACCGCACAUGGAUCUGGGGAGGCUCAGGACACGGCACAUCCUGACUGUUGCAACUCUGCGCAUUUUGGCACUGAACGUCAAGGAGUCAACAUCACUGCCCCUAAUGUUCGUGCAAGAAGAUGAUGAAAACAUCCCACCGACACCGUGUGUCCUGUACAGCGGGCAAGACUUAGAGGAUGCAGACUUCUUUCACCUGGUUGUUGAUCGUGAGAGGUUGUUCUCCGUUCCAAAUGCCGAGGAGGGGCUGUGUAUGUUGUUGGCAGCCUAUUGGUUGUUCAGUAUACAAUAUGAACGGAAGGCCUUCAACAUGCUCGUCACUCUGGAGAGGCUUUUUCUCGGCAUGAGCCACACAACUCCAAGGGCAGUGGUAAUUAAAUUUUUAAACAAAGUUUGCAGGCACGUGCAUGGUUGAAGCAAUGAUUUGUGCUUCAACCACACGCGCAUUAACUGCUUCGUUACGGUUCAGUUUGAGCUUUUUUUUUUUUUUUUUUUUUUUUUUUUUACGGUGUUAGUUUGCAGGCUCUGUAAAAAUGGAUGUCCACCCACGGGACAGUGGGGCUUUACAGUUCAAGUAAGGAAA